GCAUAUCAUGGCUGACAAGGCAUUGAUUCUUCUCAUCCUGUUUGUGCCUCAGGUUCAGACCCUACACAGGCUACCAGAGAAUGAAUCUUGUUGGUUAGAAGUCUCUGAACUCCGGAAUGUCAUUAAAAACCUGGAGAACCAGUAUGCCUUGGGUCAGUGGCAGUUGAAAGAUCUGAAAGACAAUAGCUACAACUGGGAGAACAGUCUCGUUUACUCUAAAAACCUCAAGAAGGAAAAUUCUCAGUACAAGUCUUCAUUUCCAUCGACCAGUGGGAACCUAAUAGUUUAUGAUCAUGAUUGUUCAAUGAUCUAUAACAGGAGGAAGGUUUCCAGUGGAUUCUAUCGAAUCAAGCCACAGAGCAUAGCCGAACCUUUCCUUGUCUAUUGUGACAUGUCAGAUGGCACCGGUUGGACAGUUAUUCAGAGACGGACUAACGGAAAAGUGAAAUUUGAUAGGAACUGGAGUGAUUAUAAAAAUGGGUUUGGUCAUUUUAAAAAGAAGAAUGAUGAAUUUUGGCUUGGAAAUGAAUACAUUCAUUCACUCCUCCUGAAUGAUGCCAACCUGAUGCAGAUAGACCUUACAGACUGGAAAGAUAAAACUGCGUAUGCCAUCUACGAAAAUGUGAAAGUGGCUGAUGAAAAGGAUAACUAUAGACUGCAGUUUGGGAUCUACAGUGGAACCGCGGGUGAUGCCCUUUCAGGUGGAGGCAAUGUUGAAGAGCAGUGGUCAGUUUCCCACAAUGGCAUGCAGUUCAGCACAGCAGAUCAAGAUCAUGAUCGAUAUCUACAUGGCAACUGCGCCAAGGAAAACAAAGGAGGAUGGUGGUUUAACAGGUGCCAUGCAGCAAAUCUCAAUGGGAAAUACUACAGGAGUGGAUCAUACACAGGAAAGAAUGACAACGGCCUUAUCUGGUUCACGUGGCAUGGCUGGUGGUAUUCCCUUAAAUCCUCGAGCAUCAAAGUCCGACAACAGGCAUUUUUGGAUGAUCUUGGAAGUGGUAAUGGGAGGCUGUUGUAAAUAACAUUCGCUGAGAAUCUGUAAAUAGAAAGAAGCUGUGAGAAGUUCAGAGAGUGCUGUCUUUUUGGAAUGCAGAGUAGCUAAAAUGGCACAGUCAACAGCUUUACUGUUUAUAAACCAGAAAAAGUAAGGAAGCCAAAGCAAUAUAAUCAAAUAGUGCGUGCCAUAAAUUUAGUAGUAGUAGCAGCAGCAGCCAUCAUACUGUCACAUGUACACAG